AUGCCUCCACCUGGGGGGUUCGCCGCUUUCAACGUUUUCAACAAAGGGGUCAGAAAACAUCUUAAUGGGUUAUACGUAAUUGGAGCCUUGUACGCCUGUUCUUUCGUUGGUAUUAAACUGCGGCUCUGGGGAAAGGAGCGUAAAGAGGCCCGUGAUAACGAGAAUCGGGAGGUGCGCUUGGCGCUAACGCCGUUCCUGGUUGCCGAGCAGCAGCGCAUGUUCCUCAGACAACUCGUGAAAAACCGUGACUACGAAACGGAGCUCAUGAAGGAUGUACCCGGCUGGGAGGUCGGUCAUUGGCACGAUACUCCCGUCUAUCACAACCCCCGUGACCUCUGGUGUGAGCCCAAUCUCUAUGAAUACUAUGCUCAUUUGUCGAGAAGGGAUGCCAAUCGCCAGCUUAAAGUACAUUUCGAGUACUGA